UGCAUCUUAAGCAUUUAUCUAAAACAUUUACACAAUUUAAAGAUGGCUGCACUCAUGAAUCAUAAUAGGUUAAAGUGUUUAUACUAAUUUUUUAAGUUUGAAUUAAUUUUUUACAAUGCCAGUUAUAAUUAUGACUGGUAUACCAUGUAGUGGUAAAACAACAAGAACUUGCGAAUUGAAAGAAUAUUUUAUAAAUGAAGCAAAAAAAGUAGAAAUUAUAAAUGAAAUUGAUGUUGUGACUAAAACAGGUUUUGAUCGAAAUCAAUUUUUUGCUGAUUCAAAAAAUGAAAAAAGAGUGAGAAGCGAUAUAAAAUCAUCAAUACAACGACUAUUAAAUAUAAAUGAUGUAUUAAUUAUUGACGCUAGUAAUUAUAUUAAGGGAUAUCGUUAUGAGAUCUAUUGUAUGACAAAAUUAUAUAAAACCCCUCAGUGUACAAUAUUUUGUGAUAUACCAGUUGAACAUGCUUGGUUGUGGAAUAUAAAAAGACCAGAAUGUGAACAAUAUAAGAGAGAUAUUUUUGAUGGACUCGUAAUGAGAUAUGAAACACCAGAUAAUAAAAAUCGUUGGGAUGUACCAUUAUUUAAUAUAUUACCAGAAGAUGAACUAAAAUUUGAUGAUAUUUAUAAAUCACUAUAUGAAGUAAAAGCACCAAAACCUAAUUUAAGUACACAAUGUCCACCAUUAUCUUCUACUAACUAUUUAUAUGAAUUGGAUAUAAUUACUCAAGAAGUAGUUAACGCAAUAUUAUCAUCUAAGCAAUUAGGUAUUGAAAGUGAAUUUAAAAUACCAGAAUAUAAUUUGACAGUACAUAAUCCAUGUACUGCAAUACAACUUAUGAGAUUACGAAGACAAUUUUUAAUUUAUAGUAAAAUGCAACAAAGUGAAAUUAAUCAAAUUGCAUCAUUAUUUGUACAAUAUCUUAAUAAAAAUUUAUAAGAAAAAUA